ACCAACUCUAAACUUCCAAUCAUAUGCCAUGCUCUUCUUCUAUCCCACCAGACACACGGAGGAUUCUUGUCUAAAAAGGGAUGAGACGACUCGAGAACUCGGAAGGUCAGAGCUUGCGACACCAACCACGAUCGCUGCCGGCCCGCGCACGCGCAUAAGGAGAGGCCCUCCCCCGAUGGGGCAGACACAAGGCAGGCACAAAUCGCACGCGAAACACGCGACGCUGGGCGACGACGACCGGGAGCCAGAAGCCGCCGCAGCGAGGCGCCGCCCACCGACCACGGCCACCACCGCCGCCAUGGACACCUUCUUCCUGUCGCACGGCUCGCCCACGCUCUCCAUCGACGAGACGCUCCAGGCGCGGCACUUCUUCCAGUCGUGGCUGCCCGCGGCCGUCGCGGGGCCGGAGCGGCCGCGCGCCAUCCUCAUGGUGUCCGGCCACUGGGAGACGGCCACGCCGGCGGUCAACGUCAUACGCGGCAGCAACGACACCAUCUACGACUUCUACGGCUUCCCCAAGCCCAUGUACAAGCUUAAGUAUCCUGCGCCCGGUGCUCCUGAUCUGGCCAUGAGGACGAAAGAGCUCCUCGAGCAAGGCGGGUUCGGGCCUGUCAAGGAGGACCGUAGCCGUGGGCUAGACCACGGCGCGUGGGUGCCGCUGAUGCUCAUGUACCCGGAAGCCGACAUCCCGGUGUGCCAGCUCUCUGUGCAGACCGACCGCGACGGCACCUACCACUACAACCUCGGCAAGGCGCUGGCGCCCCUCAGGAACGAAGGCGUCCUCAUCCUCGGCUCCGGCAGUGCCACCCACAACCUCCGCAAGAUAGGGGCUCCGGACUCGCCGGUGCCGGAGUGGGCCUCCCAGUUCGACACCUGGCUCAAGGAUGCGCUUCUCUCCGGGAGGUACGACGACGUGAACCACUUCGAGCAGAAGGCACCCUACGGCAAGAUGGCUCACCCGCGGCCGGACCAUUUCUACCCGCUGCACGUCGCUAUGGGCGCCGCCGGGGACGAAUCCAAGGCGGAGCAGAUCCACCAGAGCUGGUCCAACGCCACCCUCUCCUACUCCUCCUACCGUUUCACCGCCAAGAACUGACGGCCUCGAUUGGCCUGUGUCGGUCGAGUCGAACCCCUGUGAAUGCAUCUGCUUGAGAGGCACACGCGGCCGUGUAUUUGUUUGCACUACUCCAUCCGAUCCAUAUUGAGUGUCGCUGAUUUGUACUAAAUUAACGACACUUCAUAAUAUGUAUCGGAGGGAGUAUGAUAUUUACGUGCCGUGGCUCGUGUUGUAAUUGAGGUGUGAUCCUUGACAGUGUAUUACUCAUACAUCAUACAUUACAUGUUACACUUUUUUUUUCUUAAUACAAAAAAUCUCACAAUCCACAA